AAGAGGCGCCCACGUGAGAGCUGCGGUGUCUGCUGGGCACGCGGCGCGUCCUGCAGCCUUUGGAGCCUUUGGAGCGGAGCCGCGCGGUCUGAGCCGGGCCGGGCGGUGCAGCUGGUGAAAAUGGCUGAAAAUGGAGAUGGUGAAAACAUGUCUAUCUUGGAAAGCAAAAUCUGCCAGCAAAUUGAGUACUAUUUUGGCAAUCACAACCUACCAAGGGACAAGUUCCUAAAGGAACAGAUCAAAUUAGAUGAUGGUUGGGUGCCUUUGGAAGUAAUGAUCAAAUUCAACAGGUUAAGUCGCCUUUCAAAAGAUUUUGGUGUUAUAGUAGAAGCACUGAGAAAAUCCAAGACGGGUCUAAUGGAAAUAAAUGAAGACAAAACUAAAAUCAGAAGAUCUCCAAACAAACCCCUUCCUGAAGUAAAUGACCAAUACAAGGCUGCAAUUAAAAACAGAUCUGUAUAUGUUAAAGGCUUUCCAGCAGAUGCUACUCUCGAUGAUAUCAAAGAAUGGCUGGAGGAUAAAGGUCCGGUUGAAAACAUACAAAUGAGGAGAACGCUGCAGAAAACAUUUAAGGGGUCAAUAUUUGCAGUUUUUGAUAGUGUUGAAUCUGCCAAGAAGUUCACAGAAAUCCCCAACCAAAAGUACAAAGACACAGAGCUGAUAGUGCUUUUCAAGGAAGAGUACUGUAUAAAGAAGAGUGAAGAAAGGAAACAAAACAAAGUAGAGGCCAAAGCAAGAGCUAAACAGGAAAAAGAAGAAAAACAGAAACAAGCACAAGAUGCUGAGAUGAAAUCUCUAGAAGAAAAGACGGGGUGUUUUUUGAAGUUUUCUGGUGAUCUAGAUGAUCAAACAUGCAGAGAAGAUCUCCAUGCGGUGUUUUCAGAUCACGGAGAAAUCAAAUGGAUACACUUUGUAAGAGGUGCAAAGGAGGGGAUCAUCCUAUUUAAGGAUGCUGCAAAAGAAGCUCUGGAAAAAGCUAAGGAAGCACAUAAUGGAAACUUACAGCUUCGGAACAAAGAUGUUACUUGGGAAUUGCUAGAAGGAGAUGCAGAGAAAGAAGCUCUGAAAAAAAUACUAGAAGAUCAGCAGGAAUUGCUGAAACAGAAAGGAAAAGGACGCAAACUUAAAGGAAGAGGGGGGAAGAUACCUCAAGGUGCACACAAAGGGAAGGUACAGUUUCAGGGCAAGAAAAUAAAGUUUGACAAUGAGGAAGAAGGUGAAGAUGAUACUAAAACAGAAACAGCAAGUCCUAAGAAGAGACCACUAGAAGAAACAGAAAAAGAAGAAUCCGCACCAAAGCAACUGAAAACAGAAAAUGGAGAUGGAGCUCAGUAAUACUAAAGUAAAAAUACCAUUGUUUUUAUUAGUUCAUUUUAAAUAGGUUUUAAAGACAUGCUUCAGUUCAGGAGUUUCUGGUAGAAAAUCUAAUGAAAUCCACUUCAAUGUCAACCUGUAAUGAGAAGAGACCUUCAUUUCAUUGGGUUACAACUUUUUGUUGUUAAAGCAGCAUGCUUAUUCUUAAGAUGCCACUCUGGAAAACUCUUUUGUAUGUAUAGUUUUGUUUAUACUGUCAAUGCAGUCAAAUUCUCUGGUAUCUCAUUCAAAUGUAAAAGGUUCCUGACUUCAUAACCUCAAAGUGAUAUUACAUAGUAGCUACCAAUAAAUUCAGAACUGAAAACUGCUCA